GGAGAGCGGCGGUCCAGACGCCGGUGGAGCAGUGGAUAAGUUAUAUGAAUGCUGGGUGCUGUGAAGAAAAUGAAGCUCCAGUGAUGCUAUUCUUUUUCAGAAAGGAAAUCUCCCCUUGCUUUUGCUAGCCAGCAGGAAGAAGAUGAGCCUUAAGUCUGAACGCCGAGGAAUUCAUGUGGAUCAAUCGGAGCUCCUAUGCAAGAAAGGAUGUGGUUACUAUGGCAACCCUGCUUGGCAGGGUUUCUGCUCCAAGUGCUGGAGGGAGGAGUACCACAAAGCCAGGCAGAAGCAGAUUCAGGAGGAUUGGGAACUGGCAGAGCGACUUCAACGGGAGGAGGAAGAGGCCUUUGCCAGCAGUCAGAGCAGCCAAGGGGCCCAGUCCCUCACAUUUUCCAAGUUUGAAGAAAAGAAAACCAAUGAGAAGACCCGCAAGGUUACCACAGUGAAGAAAUUCUUCAGUGCUUCAUCCAGGGUUGGAUCAAAGAAGGCAGAAAUUCAGGAAACAAAAGCUCCCAGUCCUUCCAUAAACCGGCAAACCAGCAUUGAAACGGAUAGAGUGUCUAAAGAGUUCAUAGAAUUUCUCAAGACCUUCCACAAGACAGGCCAAGAAAUCUAUAAGCAGACCAAGAUGUUUUUGGAAGCAAUGCAUUGCAAAAGGGAUUUAAGCAUUGAGGAACAGUCAGAGUAUACUCAGGAUUUUUACCAGAAUGUGGCUGAAAGAAUGCAGACUCGUGGAAAAGUGCCUCCAGAAAGAGUUGAGAAGAUAAUGGAUCAGAUUGAAAAGUACAUCAUGACUCGCCUCUAUAAAUAUGUGUUCUGUCCAGAAACUACUGAUGAUGAGAAGAAAGAUCUUGCUAUUCAAAAGAGGAUCAGAGCCCUGCACUGGGUUACUCCUCAGAUGCUUUGUGUCCCUGUUAAUGAAGAAAUUCCAGAAGUGUCUGAUAUGGUGGUGAAAGCAAUUACAGAUAUCAUUGAAAUGGAUUCGAAGCGUGUGCCUCGAGAUAAGUUGGCCUGCAUCACCAAGUGCAGCAAGCACAUCUUCAAUGCCAUCAAGAUUACCAAGAAUGAGCCAGCUUCAGCCGAUGACUUCUUACCCACUCUCAUCUACAUUGUUUUGAAGGGCAACCCCCCACGCCUUCAGUCCAAUAUCCAGUAUAUCACCCGCUUCUGCAAUCCAAGCCGAUUGAUGACUGGAGAGGAUGGCUACUAUUUCACAAAUCUAUGCUGUGCCGUGGCUUUCAUUGAGAAAUUAGAUGCCCAGUCUCUAAAUUUAAGUCAGGAAGAUUUUGAUCGAUACAUGUCUGGCCAGACUUCUCCCCGGAAACAAGAAUCUGAGAAUUGGUCUCCUGAUGCUUGCUUAGGUGUUAAGCAAAUGUAUAAGAACUUGGAUCUCCUGUCUCAAUUGAAUGAACGACAGGAAAGGAUUAUGAAUGAAGCCAAGAAACUUGAAAAAGACCUAAUAGAUUGGACAGAUGGAAUUGCAAAAGAGGUUCAAGACAUUGUUGAGAAAUACCCACUUGAAAUUAAGCCCCCAAAUCAGUCUUUAGCAGCUAUUGACUCUGAAAAUGUUGAAAAUGAUAAACUUCCUCCACCAUUGCAACCUCAAGUUUAUGCAGGAUGAUAAAAACUUACAUGGAUAGUAUUUAUUUGAAUCUAAAUUGUUGCUAGCCCUUACUACAGUCCACUGAUUGGGAUCUUGAGUAUGACUUAAUUGCUUAUAAAUGUAAGAGCAUUUUUAUAAAGGUACAGUUUGUGGGGAUUGUUUUGUUUUAUUUUGUUCUUCCUGGCAAAGGAAUCUUAGUAAAUAAUAAAGUACUAUUUAUUUGA